AUGAAACUGCACGAAUGCAGGAUCGUCCACGGCGACCUCCGAUCGGCGUGCGUUCUUCUCGACAACACCAACAAGGCUGUCAUUGCAGACUCUAUCUUUGCUCGAGUCCGGCACUCCUUGGCCGCCGCCACCACUGGCCAUGAGCCUUACGAACCCUCGUCGGAUGAAAUCAGCUUCCUAGCACCUGAAAUCCUCGACGAUGAGCUUCCUGCAGACAUCAGCACAAUGGCCGAUGCCUUCGCCUUUGGAACCAUGUUCUAUGAAAUCCUCAACGACGGCAAGGAAACAUGGGUCACGGCCGAUGGAUCGCCCAUGCACCCCGCCGCCAUUCGGCGCUGUGUCUGCAACGGCAGCCGGCCCAAACGUCCCGAGGGUAUCCCGGACCCAAUCUGGGCAUUGAUUGAGUCUUGCUGGCACCAGGACCCAACCGAGCGCCCCAGCUUCACAAACAUUCAUUCGGCGAUUGUGGGCUACAUAGGUAAAGUACGCCGUUGA